GGUCUAAAACUCUUAAAUGGAUCCCUUACGAGUUUUGAACUGGAGUUAUCAAUCCAAUUUUGAGUCUUGGAUUUUAAUUUUCCGGUCUUCGAACUUGAAAGUUGUUCAUUUACUCCAAUAAUUUUUUCUUUACAAUACUAGACCUAUUUCACGUUUGCGCUGCCUCGCUUCACCCCUUUACCUCUCUCUACUCCACUGGACCGUACUCUCCAUUGAAGCGGCUCGUGAGCUUUCUCUCCUCCAUUAAAGCAGCUUCUGAGGCUUUGGUAAUUUAACCCUUUUUCCGAGAAUUGUAGGACACUCUUGACUGUGAAGCUAAAAUGGCGACUGUUCCAGUAAAUCCUAAACCUUUCUUGAACAAUCUAACUGGAAAACCUGUCAUUGUGAAGCUGAAGUGGGGAAUGGAGUACAAAGGUUAUCUUGUGUCAGUUGAUGGCUACAUGAAUCUACAGCUGGCAAACACAGAAGAGUAUAUUGAAGGCCAGAAGACUGGAGAUCUUGGAGAAAUCCUCAUCAGGUGCAACAAUGUCCUGUACCUUCGCGGAGUGCCUGAGGAUGAGGAGAUAGAGGAUGCUGACCGAGACUGAAACAGAUUUAUUUAUCCCAAUUUCCAUGAUACAAGCUUACCAUUGUCAUAUGGAGAUUUACUGCAGAUCUAUUGCUGCCAGCUCAUGGAAGACAGAUAUAUAGGGCGUAGAAACUACUGACUGAGACUGAUUUGAUACACCUUAUGUAAAAGAAUCGCUUGAUAUCCACAACAAAAUUUUCUUAUUAUGAUAAGUUCAAAAUUUUGCUU